AUUACCUUUUAUGGACAUCGUGAGGAGUCCCGCGAACGUUAAUAAAACUAAUGUGGGUUUGGCUCGUGGUGCUGCAUUCACCGCACACAACUGGGGCAGAGACAUUCUUGCAAGAACUCCUGACAGACACACCCAACACUCACCUGACCAGACAUGGAUGAAGACAUCGCUGCCCUCGUUGUUGACAACGGCUCCGGCAUGUGCAAAGCCGGUUUCGCCGGAGACGAUGCCCCCCGUGCUGUCUUCCCCUCCAUCGUUGGUCGCCCCAGACACCAGGGUGUGAUGGUGGGAAUGGGACAGAAGGACAGCUACGUGGGAGACGAGGCCCAGAGCAAGAGAGGCAUCCUGACCCUGAAGUACCCCAUCGAGCACGGCAUCGUCACCAACUGGGACGACAUGGAGAAGAUCUGGCAUCACACCUUCUACAACGAGCUCCGUGUUGCACCUGAGGAGCAUCCAGUCCUGCUGACUGAGGCUCCACUCAACCCCAAGGCCAACAGGGAGAAGAUGACACAGAUCAUGUUCGAGACCUUCAACACUCCUGCCAUGUAUGUGGCCAUCCAGGCCGUCUUGUCACUGUAUGCCUCCGGUCGUACCACAGGUAUUGUGCUGGACUCUGGUGAUGGUGUCAGCCACACUGUGCCCAUCUAUGAGGGUUACGCUCUGCCUCACGCCAUCCUCCGUCUGGAUCUGGCUGGCAGAGAUCUGACCGACUAUCUGAUGAAGAUCCUCACUGAGAGAGGCUACAGCUUCACCACCACUGCCGAGCGUGAGAUUGUGCGUGACAUCAAGGAGAAGCUGUGCUACGUGGCUCUGGACUUUGAGCAGGAGAUGCAAACGGCAGCUUCCUCUUCCUCUCUGGAGAAGAGCUACGAGCUUCCUGACGGACAGGUCAUCACCAUCGGCAACGAGAGGUUCCGCUGCCCUGAGGCGCUCUUCCAGCCUUCAUUCCUUGGUAUGGAGUCCGCUGGCAUCCAUGAGACGACCUUCAACAGCAUCAUGAAGUGCGACGUGGACAUCCGUAAAGACCUGUACGCCAACACUGUGCUGUCUGGUGGCACCACCAUGUACCCCGGCAUCGCUGACCGCAUGCAGAAGGAGAUCACCUCCCUCGCCCCACCCACCAUGAAAAUCAAGAUCAUCGCUCCCCCAGAGAGGAAGUACUCCGUCUGGAUCGGCGGCUCCAUCCUGGCCUCCCUCUCCACCUUCCAGCAGAUGUGGAUCAGCAAGCAGGAGUAUGACGAAUCCGGCCCCUCCAUCGUCCACCGCAAGUGCUUCUAGAAAGCUCCUCAUCCUUCUCUGCCCCAGCUGGAAAGUUGACAUGCUUUCAAUGGUUCCAUCCAACUAGAACAGUCUCUGGUUUAUUUUGCAUGAACGGACUAAAAGAUGAACAACACGCAAGAUGAAUCGAGCGACUGUUUUAAUUUAAAUGUCUCAGCUCGGCAGAUCCACAGCAACUCUCUGAACCUCCUCCAAACACACAUUCCUCUGACUCUGCUCACAGCUUUCUCUCCUUCUGGUGAUUAACUACUGAUGGUCAAAGAAAACAAACAGUAUUAUCACUGAACAUCUUUUUCUACCUGUGUCUGUCUACCUCUUCAACAAUCCAGUGCAUCAAUAUUUGGCUUUUCUCCUCAUCUGUUCUGUUGAUUGGACUCUGUAAGAGUCGAGCUGUAUCAAUACUCCACAGGAGUGUUUACUUAUCAAUAAAGUGCCAACAUUUGAUGUUUA